GCCCGUAUUAACGAAGACGCGGGGCUAGUUUAGCACGUUCGGUCAUUCCGGAUUAAAAUAUGCGUGAAAUAGUUUUCCUCCAAGUAGGUCAAAGCGGAAACAACUGUGGAACGAAAUUUUGGGAAGUCAUCUCGGAAGAACAUGGCGUUGAUCCGAACGGCCGUUACGUCGGAGACUCUGACCUACAACUCGAGCGCAUCAAUGUCUACUUCAACGAGGCUAUCGGGGGACGUUUCGUUCCAAGAUGCGCGUUGAUCGACACAGACCCCCAUACUAUGGAAGCGGUACGCAGUAGUCCAUAUGGCCAACUUUUUCGGCCCGACAACUACACCAUCGGCCGAGCAGGCACCGGGAACAACUGGGCCCGUGGACGCUACACGGAUGGUGCGGAGUUGUGCGACUCCGCGAUGGAAAUAGUGCGAAAAGAGGUCGAAGGGUGCGAUCUAGUCCAGGGAUUCCAAAUUAUUCAUGCAUUGGGUGGAGGGACUGGAUCAGGAAUGACAUGCCUACUGUUGCAACAAAUCAAGGACAGUUGGCCGGAUCGGAUCGUGAAUACCUUUUCCAUUUUUCCAUCGCCGAAGGUCUCGGACGUCGUAGUGGAGCCGUACAACGCUAUCUUCACGAUCGACGUGCUACUAUCACUCAGUGAUGAAACGGUAGUUCUUGACAAUGAGGCUCUUCACAGUAUAUGCACUAAUGUGCUGAAUAUUUCCGCGUCAUUUGGAGAUAUUAACCAUCUCAUGUCUACAUGUGUCGGUGGAAUGACCACGUGCUUCCGAUUCCCCGGUCAGUUGAACUCAGAUCUGCGAAAGCUAGCCGUCAAUAUGGUUCCAUUCCCGAGACUGCACUUUUUCGCCCCUUGUUUUGUUCCACUGGCAAGUCGUGGUAAUCAACCUUACAAGGCGAUUACCGUGCCCAACCUGGUUCAACAAAUGUUUGACGCUAAGCACCUGAUGGCGUAUUGUGACCCGCACCAAGGCCGCUUCCUUACUUGCGCUUCUGUGUUCCGAGGCCGUAUGAGCAUGGCCGAAGUGGAGGAAAGUAUGCUGAAUGUGCAAGACAAAAAUUCACGGUACUUCGUAGAGUGGAUUCCGAACAAUGUUCAAAACGCCGUGUGCGACAUACCAAUGCGUGGGCAAAAGAUGUGUGCAACGUUUCUGGCGAACACAACCGCCCUACAAACGGUGUUUCGCCGUAUUCAACAAGCAUUCUCCGCCAUGUACAAACGGAAAGCAUUUAUGCAUUGGUACAGUGGGGAAGGGAUGGAUGAUGCAGAAUUUCAAUCCACCGAGUCUAAUGUGAACGAUCUGAUUGCAGAAUACCAAGAAUAUCAAGAAGCUACACUGGUUAUCGAACUACGGCCUCAUAAAAGGUGUCAUUGUCCACAAUGCAAAAUUUGAUGGCGGCCAAUGUAAGAUACGAAAGAAAAGCGGAUGGGGUAAACAUGGAUGUGCACUUCAACAAAUAACAUGUUUUCAGGAGAUGACCAUCAUUCCCGAUUCAACAUAUUGUGCAUCAACAAAAACACACGUUAGACUUUUCACGAGUAAUACUCCUCUGAAUGCAUCGUGAACAUACCGAAUGGCAACUUCGUGUUUUCAGUGUUAUCAAUUGUCUCAAGAGGAAAUGAACUGCAUGCCUGGUGAAGGGAUUGGACAUCGAAAAACGUAAGUGCUACGUCUCCGGAGCCAAUUGCACUUACUAAUGAACUUAUGUGUGGUGCCUCAUGCUGAGGUUGAUGUUGAAUACAUCAUACUUCUUCACCGCAGUUGUGUCACACAGACCACUUAGAUUAGACCUUCCAAACAUGGAUAAAAAGCAUUCCGCUUUAUUUGAUUAGUGCAGUUCAGUUAUUCUGCUGUAUAUUCCGUGUCAGUUUUGCGUACAUGUUUUCCUGC